CUCUUUUACUGUAGUUGCAUUACACCCAGCCAAUGCUUGGAUAAUCGUUCAUUAUUACGUUCUUUUGUUGCCUUUCUCAUACCCGGUUCUCAUAUGCUUGUUGCUUGAGCUCUGAGAGCUCGACAGCAUCAUGUUGUUCGCUCAUUUCGCUUUCCUUGUAUCAUUUCUGGUCUUUGGGAGCCUCAGCGUAGCUACACAGACCCCGCCAUGUUUGGUGUCUGCCAUGAGGUCUCAAUCGGAUUCUGAUAACCUCCAAGAUAUUUGUGCGACGAACGUAGGCAAGGUUUGGGCCAAGAUCGUGGAGUUUUGCGGGGAUGAGAGACAAUUGGCUCUGGAGCAGUUAAAAGACACCUGCACAUCUGCAGGUUACGCAAUUGCAUACCUACCAACAACCUCGUCCGGCAUCGCAUCCCCAUCCACCGCUCUUUACAGCCCGACCAAGCCUAGCUCCGUCAUAGCUAGUUCAACCGGUAUCUCCACUUCGAGCUUUGUCCCCGAUGCCAGCUCUAGUGCUUGUCCCAGCACUCAUCCUAACGAGACCAUUUCGUUGGGAUCGGCUGACCGUGGCGCGUCUGCUGCUGCGUUUGCGGCCGUUGUUUUUGUCGGAUUUGCGGCGACGUUAUAG